AGUCGACGUGUGACGGCCGUACGUUGACUUUGCAGCUUAUACCCAACUCAUAGAGCGGAGAGUGCGUGACCGUUUUUUCUGAUUAUUUUUUUCCCAGUGUGUUUUUGUUUGGCAUCAACAGGUGAGAACCGUGUAACAACAACACCGCAGUCGUCGUCGUCGACAAUCGUCGCUCGUCACGCGAGUACAAAACACGUACCUAUCCGCCUUGUUCUAACGCAUACCUACUCGCGCGGCAAAAUGCACAAGUCUUUCGCCAAAUUGUACCUUUUCGCGUUGAUCGCAUGGGCCGUGGAAAAAUCCGAAUGCAAACAAGGAGGUAUACAAAAUAAUAUAUAUGUAGUAUUUACUUACUUUCAUUUUUAUAAUCGAAUAUUUCGUCCGGCGAUUCGUCUCGUUUAAAUAGAUACUAUAUUAUAUAAUAAGCAAACAAACGAAAAACGAAUAAUUAAAUUAAAAAAAAAAAAAAAUAUAUCUUUAUUUUAAAUCCCAAUCGAAUCUAUAAUAAUAUACAAUAGGUAUACAAGAUUUUUUAUGUGGGAAUGGCUAAAAUUAAUUUAUUAAAAUUAUGUAUUGUGAUACAAGUAAAGUAUUUAUUGAAAAAAUGUAUUGUGUAUUGUGCAUUUUUCUUGAAGUUGAUUAAAAAAAAAAAUUCAAUUGCAGUGUAGUUCAUGGAAUUAUUAUUUGUUCUAUGUUAAGUUAGUAUUGCAAAUCCGCAAUGAUUAUCAUUUUAUUAAUAGGUGAUAAGUUUUAAACGGUGAAUAGUUUAUAUUUUUUUUUCUUUUGCGUUUUAAUACUGGAAACGGGAAGGGGGUUGAAUACAUCUAAACCACCACCUCACCUCAGGUAACAUCACUGUAUCAACCUUGUCUUGUUGUAAUCCUACCCAAUCCGGCGGUGUGUUUUUCUUUAUUUGAUGUGUUCUCGCAAUAAAAUAUAAUACAAUUAUAAUACGUCUGCAUGGCUAAUGAUCCGAAAAUUACAUCAGAGGCCAGUAUUUUUCAUAGAAAAUACUAAAUUUUAGAUUCUCAGUAUACAGUGUGAUCGUGUUUUCUACAGAAAACGUUAUUUGUGUCGUACUAUAAAAAAUACGUAUAUUUUUUCUAGGUUCCACCUUCAACUGACCAAAUUUUCAAAAUUCCAAACAUUUAUUCCAAAAAAUUGUAUUCUAUAUUUAUUUUUUAAUUACUUGAUUAGUAAAUAAAAUGCUCAGUUUUUUUCAAGCAAUACCUUUUAAAUACUCGAAAAUGUCAACCUUUGGUACUUUACUUAAAAUAAUUUUCGAAUUUAAUUCACCCUCUAAAUGGGUUUUUUUUUUUUUUUGACAAAUACUCUUCGGUUAGUCAAAAUCUUCCAAAAUGAUUACCAUUGUACAUUAAUUAGAUUCCAAAUUCCAAUACGUCGGUUUUAUUUUUGUUGAUUUCUGAGUUUUAAAAUAUGUCAACAUUCAAAAUAGUUUCACAAUUGCUUUAAUUUAUUAUUACUUUUAAAAUAAAAAUUAAAUUAUACCGACUAUAUAUUAUGUUAUUUCAAACUUUCCAUUUACUACUACGUACCUACGUGGCCUAUUCAUACGUUUGUCUUUCUUUUUUUUUUUUUUUUAUUAAUUAUUAUUACAUAAUUAUAUAAUAUGUAUUGUUAAAAUAGGUACUAUUAGAUGUACAAUCGUAACGCACGUCCUGAUUUGUAUUGUUUCUAGUAAAUUAUGUGUAUAUAUGUUUUUUUUCUGGUACCUAAUAAUGUUCUACAAUACUAUACCAGACAUAACCAAAAGGUUCAAAGUUCUUACACGAAUAUAUUAAGCGAUAAAAUUAUCAUAUUGCGUUAUAAAAACACAUAGAUAUUCAUUUUUGUCGAUUUUUUUUUUUUUCUUUUAGUUACACUUAUUAAUUACAAACGGAAUCAAGUAACGGAUUCUUCGAUGAAACGUGAAAAAACUAACUACAAAUAGCUAUAAUUUUAAAUCUCCGAUAGUUUCUGAAAAUAAUAUAAAAAUAGAACAUGUCUCUUUAAAUUAAUAAAAAUAAGUAGAUACUCAAGAUGAGAAUAUUGUAUGUCCAAAUUUUAAUGGGUGGAAUAUGGGUAUUUUAUCGAAUAUUUUAUAAAAAAAAAAAAUACUACUGAUAUCGUUAAUGAGUGUGCUACUGUUGUAAAAUGUUAGUUGGGAAAAUUUUCGUCAACAUUUGAACUUGAAUUGUUUAUAAAAAAAAUAUUAUUAUACUAUGCUCAACUAUUUUUUUUUUCAUCAUUAAGUACAGCUCAAGUGGACUUCAUAAUACAAUUUCGAAUAGUUUUACUUUUUCAAAGCAAUUUUAACCACAUAAAAAAAAGUAACCAAUUUUAUAAUUUCAAAUGGCUUAAAUGACUAUAAAUAGCUUGUCGACAUACAUUUUAAAAUGUUAUAUUACGAUUAGAAAGAGCUAAUAUAAGUAUUCUGUAAAAAUAUCACAUAUCUAAGGUAAUUUUUAACCGAAUUACACAUCAAUAGUAACCGCUAGAAUCCGUUAUUGCAUAAACUUUCGAGUUUUUUCCUAAUUUUUGCCAAUUAUUAAAACAAACUAUAAAGGAUAUCAAAAAACGAUUUGCAAAAUACUUAACAACAUUUUCUAGCAGAAAUGUCAUCAAUGUCAUAAUAUGUAGAUGUAAUAUAGUUUUAAUACUCUGUUAUACUAUGUAAUACGCGUUAAUGAGUUCAGUUAGUUGUUUAAAUAUUUUUGUCUGAAAAGUGAAAUACAAUUUUAAUACCUAACUACACCAUAUUAUAUUUCUAUAAAAGACAAAAAGCGUACGAACUUAUACCAUUAUAUUAUACUCAAUAUUAAAAUACCCGUUAAUUCGACACAUUUUAUACGUACCUAUAUAAAAUAUACGGUUGUAACGGAAUUAAUGUGUACAAUUUUAAACGCACGCGAAAUACGACAUGAUUGAUUAACAAAUAUCCAAAAUACCUAUACGCCAUUCCGCCGCUCGUCGACGGUCACGAAAUAAUAUAAUAUGACACCACAUAGGUACUCUUUAUACUCGUAGGUACUGUUUGCAAAAUUAAUAAAAACAAUAUUAUAUCGAGACACUUUUGUAAUAUAAUGAAAAAAAACCAAAUCUGCACUGCGGUAUAUAGCGGUACUUUCGUGAUAGCCACUAUUGCGAACUAUUGUCAUGAUGAGUAAACAGCACGGUAAUAACUAGCAUGUAGCGAUAGUUGAUUAAUUACUGUAAUAUCCUUUAGACGACGAGAGCUAUAUAGUAAUCGACCAAACACUACAAAACUACACUAUAGCGGGUAUAUUUGUUUGAAAAAAAAAAUAUUUGCUUUUUUAUUUAUAUACAUUCUAACAGUAUUUAUAUAUAGAUAAAUUUAUUUUAAAAAUUCGAAUUUCAAAUGCAUCGGGAGUUUUUAAAGUUAUUUAAAAUUGUCUAGUUAUAGAUUCUGAGUACAGCUAGAAAUAUCCUAUUGGGUUUGCUAUGAUAUGUGAAUGUGUUUUUGUUUUCUGUCUGUAAACAACUUUUCUACCAAGAAUAUUACUCCGAUUUUCAUAGUAGCAUCUUCUCAAAUAAAUCAAAUAUUGUAUCUAAUUGGUGCCUAGUAGUUCUUUUAAUAACUGGGAAUAACCGUAGGAAAAAUGAAAAAGUUUGCGAAAAUAUAAUGGUUUCAUUAUUUUCGAUUUUAUUUUUUGUUUGUGGUAGUUCGAUUAAAAAUAUUCGUAAACCGAAAUCAAACAGAAUACUUACCUUGGUCUUUAAUAAAUUUAGUUAACACAGGGUUGGCGCUACUGGAAAUUUCCGGACACUAAAGACUUAGAUGAGAAUUUUUUUUUAGUAUUUAUUGUUUGUUGUAUUAAUAUAUUUUGAUUUAUGCAUUUUUUGGAGCUUAAUUUUACCUAUCGCCCAUCAUUUAAAAUAUAUUAUUCAUAAUAAUACUCGUACACAGAAUAAAAUUAAAAUUCGCUAAUUGUAAAAAUAUAGUGUAAUAAACUCGACAGUUUUAUUACUUAUAUUACGAUAAUUGUGAUUUCCUAUCGCAUAACCUGUUUAUUGAAUAUACAUUUUUCAGACUCUAAAACUUGAAACAACUAUCAUUAAAAAAAACUAUUCACCGGAAAUAUAUGUACAUUGGACUAAAAUGUUUAGAAUUAUAUCUGUUAGGUACAAAUCGAGCAAUUUCAAAAAGUGAAUAAAUAAAGUUUUUUUUUUAUAAUGAUUACGGGGUGAUAAUAAAAAAAUGUAAUUGUUCUCUACAUAUAUGUCUCUAAUGUAAAUUUUAUUUAAAAGUAAAAAAAAAAAUUAAAAUAUUAAUAGAGUAAUUAACCCUUGUAAAACAUUGGAGAACACCCUGAAUAAUACAAAUUAAUAUUGUUAGCAAUUAAAAAUGAGAAAAUGUUGUGGUUUUUAAAUUCUGAAAAAAAACUCCAAAAUGUUCGCAUAAAAACAACUGAACAAUAAAAAUAACUAAUAUUAAAAUUGUUCGCCACCAUGAUGUGUCGUUAACCCCGCUCAUUUUUCUUCAAAAUUUACAUAUCGUCGUUGACGUGAAAAAACCUCAUAUGUACAAAAUUUUUGAUUUCGAGAUUUUAGUAUCCCUGGAUUCAGAAAACAAUUAACUAUCAAAUGAUAAUAUCUCCUAUGUGCUAUCCAUAUAAAAAAAAAUGAAGAAAAAUAAAAAACAAACCUCUCGUGUGUUACCUAUACUGAAUCGUUUGUAAAAUAUCUCCUAUGUGAUUAAAAAUGUCCUAUGUUGCAUUAAUCGUCACUAGAAAACUUCCUAUGUGACGUUGAAAAACCUCCUAUGUGAUUUAGCAAAACAUUUUAACUAAUAAAAACCUCCUUUUUGAUGAAUUAUUGACAAUUUAUACAAUGUUAUAUCUAUGAUAUCUGUAACUAAGUUUUUUACUUCAAUUUUUUUCGGAAUAAAUAAUUUUAUGGUUUGGCAAUUUUAAAAUGUAUUUCCGUCAAUCAUUGACAAUUUUUGAGUUUUUAAAACAUUUUUUGUGUCUCCUAAAAAAUCAGGUUUUAACACAUAAGAGUUUUCACGUCAAAUUACGAUGUGCAUAACCAGAAAUAGACCAAAAAAAAAAAUUGAAGAAAACAAAUCGUAUGUCCGUGGUCGGCAUACAUAAACCUGGGUUGUAUAUUAAAGAUAAAGAAUUUGACGCGGUGACUACAUAUACAUAGCCACAAAUAACAGAAAUAUUUCUUGAGGAAAUCCUCUCUCUCUCUCUCUCUUUCCCCAAAAAAAAAAAAGAAAAAACAUCCUAUAAUAUUGAUCACGGUUACCUAGUAUUUAUUUGAUACGAAGACUUACUUUAGAGAGAACGGUUCGGCUGAGUUUUAGGGGACUAACUACCUAUAAAUUAUUAUAUAGCUUCCCGACUUCCCACCUAAAACAGUGGCCCACCCGGGGUCGACUACUUUUUAUUAUUGCGAGUAUAUAUUAUUUUCUGCGUUUAGUUUACGCAAAAUUUAAUGAUGCCGACACGGAAUAUUAAUAAAUCCCGUCAUCCCCGUAAACAUAAGAAAUUAAUAAUCAUAUAAUAAUAAUACGGAUAACUGCGCAAUGCGGUUUCGAUAUAAUGUUUCUUUUUUACAUUUUAAUAAAAGUCGUUAUUUUUCCGUCCACCUUCUAUAGGUAUGAAAAAAAAAACCGCUAACCGUAAUCAAAUCAAACAUUUUAAAAACCCACGGGUGGUCUACCCGCCUCUGCAAUUUCGAAAAAAUGUUCGACUUUUAUAUUCGCGCGAUAAAUAAUUGCUCGUAAUACGUCAUUCGCAUUCGUUUAUUACUAGAUAGGCACCUAAAUAGUACUGUUAUUAUUAUUAUUAUUAUCAUCAUCAUCAUCGUUACAUUGAUUAGAUAAAUAAAUAUUACGCGGUAACCUAGUUAAACAGUGCAGCGUAAAACAAUAUUUAUACAUUUCUUAUUAUCGAACAUAUUUCGACUUCGGUCUUCAGAGACUCGCUGUUCCCAAGUAGCACUCGUCUCGCUAUGCUAACCACUCUGACGCGUACAAGUCGGCGUUUUAUUUUUAUCACGUAUACGAAGUAGGUAUAGGAUACCUACCCUACCGACCGAGAGCAAUACAGAAAAAUACCAUAUGAUGAUGAAUCCGUCGGGGUACCGGAAAAACAAUAAUAAUACGGUGUACUUAUAAUAUAUUACGUAGGGUAUAUAUUAGCGCAGUUUUAUAUUAAAACGUUUUUUUUUUUUCAAUAUAUUUAAGUGUUUAGGGGUAGGGAGUAAGGGGAUGAUGGGAACUGAAAAUCUUUUAUCGAAAUUUGAUCACAAUUUCAACGGUUAUAACAAAUACGAUAUAUUGUUACAUAGGUACUGCCGGAGAUGCGGUUGAAAACCGUUAACGCGUUUACAAAAUUAUAAGUGCAUUUUGUAUUCAGUCGAAUUCUAAAAAUAUUUAAUUAUAAUAAUAGUGCGACCAGAUUCCCAGACGAGCGAUUUCAAACGCGUAUUGAUGAUCGGAGCUAGAUUUGAGGUAGAAAAGUUGUUCACAGGCAAAACUAAUACAGUUCAUACCACACUCAGAAUUCAAAUAAGUAUCCGUGAUCUAUAACCGACGGCUAGUGUCGUACGACUGUUGUCGACGGAAAAAUAAGAAAUUUUCAAAGGGAAUAUAUUUUUUUCUUCUUAAAUCAAUUUGUUCUUUUUCGCUCUAAGUAUUCGUUUAUAUUGCAUCUAUAUAUUUUCCAGAUAAAGAGUCAAUUUUAUUAAAAUAUCCAGGACUUAUCAAAUUAUUGUCAAUUUAUCGGAAAUCCGAAAUUCACUUAUUUUCUAAAUCCAGAUUUUGCCAUUUUUCGAAACUCUGAUUGUAAUAACUUAAAUAUAUGAAUCUACUAACCAUUUAUACAGUUAUAUUUUCAAACUAAUUACGAAUAGAAUUAUAUGUUAUUAUAUGUUUUACAUAAAAAUAGAAAAAUUGAGAAUGUAGUAAAAUGCAAUUGCAUUUCAGAUUUAAAAAAGAAAUAAGUCAGGAUUUUUCUAAUUUUCAAAGAAUACUAUUUUUAUAUAUCACAUCACUGUAUUAUACAGAUUGUAGUUGAAAGGUACACUUAAAUUUAAUUUGAUUUUCUUGUGAAGAUGAAUACAUGAAUCUAUUUUAUGUUUCUUUAAAAAAAAAAAAACAUAUAACGGCCCUAGCGUUUCAAGCAAAUUCGUGAAUCAACUAUCCACAUAACAAUAUUUGCUUCGUUAUUUUUACGACGUUUAUAAAAAUCAAGUUCUUACUGGUGAUGACGUGAACAGGGUUAUAGGAAAAAUAAGGGAGGGUGGCAGAGGUAGUUUGAUAUACGAAACUUUUGGUGCAGUGCACCAUAUAGGUACCGAUAUAAUAUUUUAGAAGGUAGGUGGCCGGAUGAUGAGCGGGUGGUUUUUGUUUAACAUUUGCCGACCACAAUUUUAGGUUUGGUAACUUUUUGGCAUCCCGAUUAAUGGUAUACUGCGCAUAUUUUGUGUUGUAACUUUUUAAGUAGAUGUACACUGUUUUGUAUACAUAUUUUUUUUCAAUUACGCGGUUUUAAAUAUGUGUGCCUGCAACGAUUUAUUCUAAAUGAAUGUUGAAAAAUAUGUUUUAAUUUUUCUAUAAAAGCAUUUUAAACGUACUGGUUUUACUUUCGUAAGUACCUAGUACCUGUUUUCCAAAUUAAAAUUAAUAAAAGUCAUAACAGUUUCUGUUAUAUAAUAUUAUUUCCCAACCUUAUCAACGCCAACAAACGUCUUAUAUGAUUCCAGCAACCCUUACGACAUACAUAGGUACAAAAUAAUACUGAAGAACAGUGGCGUGCCCAGGAAUAUUCAAUGAUAGGGGGUGUAGCAAAUAAGGAUCGUGAAUAACUUUUAAAAUCGUCUUCUCUACUAAACUUGACUAUGAGAAUUGGUGAUUUAAAAAACAUAUCAUAAAAAAAGCCUUUUUCUAAUCAAAACAACAAGCUAUUCCUCGUAACUUGGCUGAAGUAUAUGCAUUUCAAUAUUAGAUUACUCAUGUAUUUUUUUUGUACUUUUAAGCUAAUAGGAAGAGGGAUAUAACCCUGAAAAUGAAUACAUAAAUCUAUAUUAUUAUUAUUAUUUAUUUAUAAUACAUAUAGACUAGCGCCCAACAAUGAUAUAACAGAAAAAUUAUACAUGAAUAAAGUAUGUUAGUAAUUUAAUAGUAAAAUAUAAGUAUGCAUGAGUACAAUAUAAUAAAAACGUAAGAAAUAGUAAAAAUAUUAAGACAAAUUAAAUAGGCUAUAUACAUAAAAUCAAAUCAAUUCAAACACAAAUCAAAUUAGAUUAAAUAAGGGGUCAUCAUUGGCAAGCUUCAUAAUAUGACUUAUAAGCUCAAUACUAAGAUAGUUGGUGGUAUAAAGAGGGAUGAAAAAUGGCUUUGUACUGCGAAUGUUUCGGGCUGGUAUUUUAAAGUUAAUAAGAGAGAGAAUCGAUGGCACUAGAUAAAAGUCUUUGGAGGAAUACAAUGUUAAGACCGUGUCUACGAUCGGCUAAGGAUAUAAAUUUGAGCUUAAAGGGGACAAGACUAUAAUCGUGGGAAGGGCAGGUGACGUAUGUUUUUUAAAAGAAAAAACAUCAAACGGCCCGUUUCAAGUGGAUUCGCGAGUCAACAUACACGGAGUACCACUUCGAAAUAAAUACAUAAGUAUAAUUGUAUAGGUACGUUUAGAAGUUUUUAUUAUAAAUAAUAUAUUAUUUACAGCAUCGCGAUUGUUGUACCCCCCCCUCGCAAAAAGUUUAAACUAUUUUAAAUUUUCAAAAUAAAUAUUUUAAUCGUUUAAUCCUACCAUAUAAAAUUUAACGGUUUUUUUUUCGUAUUCACCGUUAUUUUAAAGUUAAAAUCCCAUGUAAGCCGAAACAUUUCGGUGAAUUCCACGCAGCAUACUAUAAGCGUACUCGUUCGUCAAAAUUAUACGUUUGAUGACUGUUCCGAAACAGUUGCAAUUCCGAGGGCCAAAUGAUAUUAUAUAGGGACGGUUUACAAUUAGUUUCGCAAAGAGUAUUAUUUUGAUGUGCUGCGGCCCAAAAUUUAACCGAUUAAAAGUAUAAUUUAUAUAAUUACAAAAUGAGUAGGUAGGCAUACCUAUACUUCUAAAAAAUAAAAAUCCGCGGUCUAGAAAUUCAAAAAAUAUAAAAAACAAAAUCACCAAAUUGGUAAACUAUCAUUACUUCGAGAAUAAAAAAACAUUCAAAAUUUCAACUAGUUUCUCGAUAGUUUUGUUUUGAAUGGUUUUUUCGUUGAAUUUUAAUUUACGAAUUAAAAAAACUACCGAAAUUUAACCGAAACAAUCAGUGACUAUUUAUCUAGAUAAAACAAAAGAUAAUUUUGUUCACCAUCUAUCAUAAAACUUAUAAGUGCUAAAAACAAUGAAAUUUUACCAGAUUUAGUACACGUCUGGAUUUAAAAAAAGUCGUGCCUCGUGCGAUUGAUUUAACUUAAUAAUUUAUUUAUUUAUAAAUAUAGUGAAACUCGCUUAAGAUGAUUUCCUGCAAAAGGCGUUGUUUCCUGUCGGGUCCUAUAAAACCACUUGUUAAGACGUUGGUUUUAUUCUAAGUAAUCGGAUAAGACCCUUUUUUGUUUAACAGAUGGCGAUAAAUUAUUAUAAGAUAAUAAAAAUAAAAUGUACGUGUCUAUCCGUUUACGUGUACAUGUCGUAUUUAUCAUGCAUAUUUCAUCAUUACGCAAACAAAAAUAGACUAUUCUUUUCCAAACAUAUAAAAUUGAUCAAUUGAUAAAAAUGUCUAUGUAUUACCUGUUUAGUUUAUAUUCAGUAAUAAAAAUAAUAAACGAUAAAUAAACUCUAUAUUUUAUAUUAAGAAAUUAAUCAAGUUUAAAAUUUCCCAAAAUCGAUAUCAUUUAAGUUUGUUUUUCAUUGCCCGCACAAGACGCUAAAGACGCUCUCUUGACGUAGCCAUUUGAAGAUCGUUUUUGGUAAUGGAAUAUUCCUGAGAAAAUGAACUCUGGGUUUUAUAGCUAGAUGAUUCAAUCAUUUAUCUCAGAUAACUUAUUUUUUAUUUAUCUAGAUAAGAUAAAAGAUAAACAUAUUAUCUAUCUAGAUAAUUUAGCUAGAUAAAAUACAACACUGAUAACACAUUCAAUUUUGAAAAAUCUUAAAUGCCAAACAAAUUUUGCCAAAAAACACCAUUCUAUUUUAUUGAUUUUUUUCAGAAGCUGUCCAAUAAUAUAGUGUUAACAAAUUGGACAAAUAAGACAGGAUUUUCAUUUAAAAAAAAAAAACGAAUUUUCUCAUUUAAACGUGCUUAAAAACUCCCCCUGUAUAAAAUCAGACGAUAUUGUUAUUGUUGUGUUAUUAUGUUUUUUCAAUCGCCUUCGUUCAUUAUUUAUCAUGACGAAUAUCGCGGUAGGUACCUACGUAAAAAAACACAUAAAAACGCGCUUAAAUAUAAUAUUAUAAAUGCCCAAAACUGACGUCCGCUUCCGGAUCGCCAUAUGUCCAAACAUUUUUAUUAUUACCGUUGUUAAUAAAUUACAAGGAAUAAUAUGUUAUUCCCGAAAAACGCGUUAGUAUUAUUAAUUGCACGUUUUUACAUUACUGUACCGUCAAAAUUAUACGCAGAAAAAUCGAUUUAUUAUCCAAAAAAUGUAAAAAAAAAAAAAUCGUCCCAAUUUUUUUUUUCGUUUUGUACAUUUGAAAUAAAGUACGGACCGGUGUAACCAAGAAAAUUGAUAACUGUGAUAAUUAAUCCCUUCCCACCCUUCAAUAAAACAAUCGACACAAUUUCAACUUUUAUAUAUUCACCGGUUAAAUUUUACUUGAGAAAUCAGCCAUUUAGUCGGUAGAUUUGGAUUUCUUAAAUAUACACCAGUGUAACAAUCAAGUCUAUUCUGUCCAUAGAAAUGUAUAUAGGAACGGGCAAACACUCGUAUUGACAUUCACACUUUUAUUUCUAUCAUUAUGCUUCCUAUGAUAAAAAACACUCAAUGAGAGGCAAAUGAACCUUUUUGCCCACCUCCUGCAGACCCAACAUGUAACUGACUUUGCGUUUAUUUUUAAAUUUAUUGUUUAAUACAAAUUUACGACUACACUAUGAAUACACGUAAUAAAGAUCCGGGACCGUUCUAAAAUGUAUACGAAAGUAAAUUUCAAAUAUUUUUGAGUAGGUAAAUGUUAAUUAUUUCCAAAAAUAAAAAUAUCCUAUACCUUACCGAUAAAAUAUGUGAACUUAACUUUAGCCGUGAAUUUUGUUAUAAAUACGAAUACAUCAUCCUCGUGAUUUUGUAUGAGAUUUUCUCUGCAUACUAUUAUAAGUGCCACAAUAAAGUAAAAACAUCAGACUAAUAAAUUUGAGAAGACGUGUAAUAUUUUUCUUUUUUUUUUCGAACAUUAAUAAAACACAAAACUUCUUUUUUUUUUCGUUUUUUUUUUAACAAAUCUCACCUACUCAAACUCGCGCAUAUAAUAUACGCCACGCUAUAAAUGGCGAGUUGAAAAACUUAUUCGCGACUAUGAUGAUAAUAAUAAUUAAAACAUACUACGAACCGGAACUCGUUCGUUGUGAUACGGAAAAAAAGGUACUCACAGCGUUAUAACUUUUAAUUAACACCCGGGGUUAAAAUUUAAAAAUUACCUAUCCGAGUUUUUCAGUAUUAAGUAUAUACGAGUACAAUACAAACAGAAACAAACGAAUCGCACCUAUUAUUUUUUUUAUAUUUUUAUUUUUUUUUGUUACAUCGUUUUUCCAUUUCAUACACGAAAAUGUUCGUCAACCACCCACCCCAAAAAUAUAAUUUACGUAUUUUUUUUUUUUAAUUUUGUAGUUUUACGUGGUUUUCUAGUAAUAUCGUUUAAUGUCGGUUCAUAUUUUAAAACAAAAUACAGUAUAUAUAUAUAUAUAUAUAUGGAGUACGUCAGGUACGCGUUGUUCAAAAUAAUAGCCACAAAAAUAGUUAGACACUGAGAUUCAAACAAGUUUUUAAAAAAUAUAUAUUUGAACGUGUUUUUGGAGACAUUUUUCUAUUCCACAAUAAUGACAAUAAUUAAUAAAAUAUAAUAACUGUAGAUUGUUGUGAACGUGAAUUUCAAUUUUUUGAAUUGAUCAAUUUUUAUCUGAUGACCAACAAUAGUGUGAUACCAUAGGUAAAGAAAAUGUUCCCGAAAAGCUUAAGUAUAUGUAUGAAAUGUGGACCUAUAUGACUGCGAAGCUUAGACGAUUGGCACAGAAGAGAAAAGAACAGUAGUGGCUAUUUUAUUGUAUUACUAAACAGAAAAUCCUUAAGAUUUUAUAGGCAGAAAGAGUAACAAACCAGGAAGUAGUGAACAGAAUAUAGAAGAAACGAGAACUUAGGCGUUAUAUUUAAGUCAGAAAAGACAAAAUGGUGAUUCGAUAACUGCAUCAUGAAAAUUUUACAAAAAACCAUAUUGGAAGAAGCAGACCAAUGUGAGCGGAGUACAUGAAACAAGAAUUAUGUUAAACAUAAUCGAUAUAAGGUGUUAAAGAUAACGAUGAAUUUAAGAAUUUAAAGGAAUUAAGUUACGAAAAUAAGACAUAUGAAAAUCUACAGCAAACAAUUAGGAUGACUGAAUACGAGAAAAAAGAAGAUAUUCACAGGUUUUUUUCUCGACAAUUUCUAUUAAAAUUGCCUUUAUGCGAGAUUCCAUUAAAUACGGACGUUUCUGUUUAUAAAUGCGGUUCUUCGAUUUUAAUUAACUAAUUGAACGAUGAUAUUUUCGAAUUAAUAUAAUUAAUAAGUAUCAGAGAGUGGUUUAGACCGUUUGUUUAAAACUUCAUUUAUCGCGUUCGAUAUAAUAUUUAGAAGAGAAUUCAGGUAUUUAUAAAUACCUACUGAUAACAAAUGAAAGUACAUAAUCUAUGUUAUGCUGUGUUAUGCUAUGUCUGCUACGUUUGACGUUCGAUUUUAUUGAACGAGUCAAACGUACAGGGGCGUUCUUAUAGUGGGAGGAGGUCGAUGGAGGCGAUCACCUUACUCCUCCCAAGAUAAAUGGGCUUAUAUUGGCAUUUGGCAUGGUCCAGAAGUAGAUAUAAUCAAUAUAAUACCUAUAUUAUUUAACAUAAUUUUUUUUCUUAUCAAUCAAUAAUAUUAAAUUUAAUUAUUUCGCCACCCCCUCAUAACCAAGAUCUAAAGACGCUCCUGUGCUUACGGUCACGGUUUGAGUUUAAACGUUCAAUAUCGAAAUAAUGAUUAUUUAAAACAAAACAAAUUUCGAGCAUGUCAUUUGUGAUUAGAGUAAGCAUACCGUUUAAAAUAUUUCACCUAGUACUUAAAGAAUCAUAAAUAACUGCAUAUUUUUUCCAUGGGAAGACUGCAGGUAGGUAUAACUUGCUCAAGAUCGCCAUUUUUUGAUUUACAACACUAAUUUUCUAAUAAUGCGUGACAUAGACGAUUUACCUACAUAAUAUAUAUGUUAUGCGCGGGAAAUUGGAAAAUCGAAAAGUAGUAAAAUAAAAUUAUUAUUAUUAUUUGUGUGCGAAUACUUACGACAGGGUACACGUAUUGAAAUUUAAAAAAAAAAAUACGUUCGAAUAUUUAACUACAUAGUUAUAAUUUAUAAAUCAUAUUAUAUUCAUGCAACUAGAAGCUUACAAAGAUUUUUGAAAUUUUGAUGUGUACAGGUCGUCGGACGAAAGCUGAAGAUUUCGAAUUUUAUUACGGAGGUAAGAAUUUUUGAAACAGAAAAUAUAGACGACGCAAACUUUGUAAUUUCAACAAAUUUUCAAGAUAUUAUAAUUCGGUCUGGGCGGGUGAAUAUGUUACCUAUAUAUUUAUUUAUGUAAUAUUUGAUUUCAAAACGAUUACACGAUCUGCAAUUUACUAAUUUGAAGUUCAAAAAACGUUUUCUAAUAUGGUAGAAAUCGAAUAAUAAAUAAAGUUUUUGUUUUAAACAAAAAAACAAUAACAAUAUAAAAUUAUAUCGAGAUAAAUAAUUUGCACAAUUUUUUAAUGCAUAAUAUUGCAAAUUUUGCGCAGUCUACAGGAACUAUAAUAUAAUAUAAUAAAAUUCGAAUGAAAAAAAUAAAUAUUAUAUGAUUUCAUAAAUGAUAAUUCUAAGUCAGCGAGUAUUAUUAGACUUGACACAAGGUAUAUGAAGGACGAAUAACCAUUUUUGCCAAUAUCUAAUCUAAAACUCGCGGUUUUGUAUUAUUAUUUGUGUAUUGUGUAUUAUGUAUUUAUAUAAGUUUCUUUUUUUUCUUCUCAUAAUAUUAGAACUACCUACAAUACUAUAAUAAUAGCGCCGAACACUUAAUUUGAAUAUUUAUACUGGCGUAUUCGAAUUCAAUUGAUAUUUUUAAUUUAUUUAUGUUAUUUUAGUACCUUGUAAUUGCUUUGGUUGAUAUGAUUUUUUCCGAAUUGUUUGAUAUUUUUUAACAAUUUUCGAUGUAUUUGAAUAAAUUGUUUUUAAUAUUAUUGUUUGAAAUUUAUUUAUUAUUUUUUUUUUUUAUUUUUUUAAUAAUAGGUAUACUUAUAAUCAUGAAAUUUUUUUCUAAUACUUAUAAUACAUUUUUUUCUUUUUUUUGUAAUUUAAUAUUAAUUUUUAUUAAGUGCUUUUGAUUGUUUUUGUGUUUUUAAUCCGUAUUACGCGUAGGUAUUAUAUUUUCAAAUACCCCGGCUUUUUGACUCUCCUGUGGCAUGUCUAUGUUUCGUAUUUGUCUCAACACCUACACGUAUACUAUCUGAUACGACACGUAAUCGAUUGUCGAGGUGUUUGUUUCGUCGUCAAUUUAGAAAGUACCUCUUAAAAUAAACAAAAACUAUUUCGGGUAACGACACUACAUAAUACAACAACGAUGAUCACCCCGUGACAUUAUCGAAAAUUGACUUAAAUUUCGAGGUGUUUUUUUUUUUUUUUUUUUGAAGGGGCUGUUUAUAAUGACAAUCAUCAGCUACAAAGCGAUUUAUUUUUAUCUUAUUUUGAUAUAGGUAAUCUAUAUCUGAUAAUUACUAUAAGUUAAUAAGGAUUUCGAGCAAACAGUAUACUCGCGUAAUAGCUUCGUGUAAAAUCGUUCCAAAUAGUUAAUACACAUACAGAACAUUGCAAUGUUUAUGGUUUAGCUCAAGAUUUAUAAAUUGAUUUUACGGUUAUGAUGUAUGAUGGUUUUUUUCUUCUUUCUUUUGUGUGUCUGUAAACGACUUUUUGACUAGACAUUUUUGCUCCAAUCGAAAUACGACAAGAGCACUGUUAUGUAGCAAAUCAUAUCUAAUUAGUGCGUUUAUAAGGUCAUUUUUUAAUUUUCUUUGUAAUUUGUAAUAAUUGAGAAAACCGAAAAAAUCUACGCAUAACCAGUUAUGUUAUUUCCAAUUGUGGUUGUAAUUAAGUUAUCGUUAAAUAAUCGCAGACACGUGAAAUUUUCACAGGACACUAAUAAUAGCACUUUCUAGACAAGAUAAAAUGUUGAAACCUAGACGUUUGAAAAUUUUAAGUUGUUUUAUUAUUUAUUUGAAUUUUUUUUAAAUUUUAUUAUCAAACAACCACUGACAAAAAUAUCAGUUUUACCAGUAUUUAAAUAUACAACCUAAAAAAAAUACAAAUCGACCGUUUGCAAGACAAUAACACAUCGUCAUUUAGUAUUAUUUAAUCUUUAUUCUGUUCAGUGACCUUCCUCGGAAUACAAGGAGUCGGAUAAUUAAAUUAAAUAAAGUACGUGAUCGUUGUACGUUUUUAUUUCGAUACAUUCGGUAGUUAAAUAAUAUGAUAUUUCUGUAUAUAUAAAUGCCGUGGCGGUCGUUUAACAGCAAUAAUAGUACCUAUGUAAUAAUUGUUGUUGAUUAAGGCCGGUACUUAUGUUUUCUAAAACGUGACUUUCCGGAUUAUCAGAAACAAAAACACACAAUUUUCGAGUACGCCCGCCUCUGAUGUGAUCACGGAAAAUUACUGUCAGAAAGAUCUGAAAAUAUUUACAACAUAGUUAUCACGUUUAUAUUCUUUAACGAGUAAUAUCCAACUCAGUGGCGUAACUAGGACCUUAUUUCGGAGGGUAAAUUGAGUAUUUAUUAUUAAUAACACUGAAUAAGUUUUAAUAGGUAAUACUUAAAAAACCAAAGUUAAUAAUUAUUUAACGUAGAAAAAAUGUUUUGUGGGGGGUGAUAUAUCACCUAAAUUACACCCUCCUUCCUAGUUUUACCACUGAUCCAACCCGGGCAGUCUUAUAAGAGAACCAGAUAAUAUAUCACGGUUUAAAAUACUCAUAACUUGCUUGAAAAUUCAAAUAUCGGAAAAACCACCCAGUGGCUUUUUCUUUAGUAAAUUAUCUUAAUCCCUACUUCUGUUACAAAUUCCCAAAUAUUUUUACUCCAAUUCAGCGAUUUAUGCUACCAACUAGUGAAUAAGUUAUCAACAAUUCAUAGGACCUACUUACCACCCCACCAAAAUUUAAUUUCUAUAUUAAUUACAUAUACAUUAUUAUAAUUCCAAGGGUUUUAAUAAACCAGUUUUUCAUUUUUUUUUAAAUAGGCUUUUUCGUUUGUUUUAUACGCGAAUACAUUUUUACCAUUAUCUUAAAAAACCGUGUAUACGCCCAAAAAAAAAAAAAAAUUCUCUAAAACUACACGGGUAAUAGUAUAUAGAAAUACCCACAGUACAGUGUAGGAUAAGGUAUCUACUCUCCGUUAUUUCAUUUAACAAUGAAAACAAAUUACAAACCAUAGCCGUACUAAAAUAUAAUAAUGUUUAUUUUCUUUCCGCGGAACACUCAGACUGCAGAAAACAUCGUCGAGACGUAAAAAAAAAAAAAAUUAUACACGCAACAAGGAAACGUACUUAGUGUAAAAAUAUUAAAUAUCGUUUAAUAUGUUUUAGUAAGUAAAAUAUAAUAAUCAUAGUAUUAUUACUACGUAUUAUAAUCAUCAACGCGAUGCUGGCAGUAAUAAAAUUCAUACUGUAAUAAUAGGUAUUAUGGGUUUUAUAUCCAGGACGUUUGCAGAGGCGUAUAUCAAACUUUAAAAAACACAUCGAAACGAAACUAUAUUGGAGCAUAUAAAACUUAAGAAUAAACUGUUUACAAAAACAAAAAUAAUUGUUUAAGUGCAGAAAAUCCCAAAAUAAAAACGGAGUUGUAAUCUUAGACUAUCAGAAAUUAGAACAAGUUAAAACUAAUUAGAACAACGUUUGAAUUUACUAUGUACUUAUGUAUAGGGAGUACAAAUAACGUCGGACGGCAAAGAACAAACAAAUCGGACAACGAUUAGAUCCAACAAAUACAACUUUUAUUAGCAAUAAAAUUGAACAUCGAAAAUAAAAUAAAUAUAAUAUUAAAAACAUGAGGCUGAUAAAAGCGUACAUUUGAAGCAUUUGUCACCUAUGGAUGCGAAACAUAAAUAAAAAUGAAAAGAAAAAUUGAAAACUAUGAAAACGUGAUGUACAGGAGAUGAAUAGAGAAAAUAACCUGGACAAAAAAAUGAAGGAAAACUUCGAGAUAUUGUUGGAGAAAAACGUAGUUUAAAGGAAAUAAUUAAGAGACGUUGAUGGAAAAUAAUUAGACACGCUUUUAGUUUUCCAUGGGAAUGGGGCUGCCCCUUCCUUUAAAAUUUUACUUGUUGGUGCCCUUGGAUUUUUUGAAAAAUUUUCUGUUCGUACACCAACAUUGUAUAUAAGUAAGUACGUCAGUACCUAUGCCAAGUUUUGCGAGUUUAUAAUUAUUUCUGAACUAUUUACACAACGCGAAUAACGAGAAUUCAAUCACAAGUUAUUUCCUAUAUACGUAGGGAAAAAACUGAUUAUUUUCUUUGGAAAUUUAUCGAAAACGAUUUAUAUGUUUUGACCAGUUCCGUGGCUAUUUUCUUUGAUUUCGAAAACAAAUAUUAUGCCAAGACUGUCACGUAAAAAUGUCUUUCCCGUUUUCUGCGUAUUUGGUUGUUUUUCAUUGUUACGCGCCGUGCACGAAGAGGUCAUUAAUUUAUGUAUCGCUAUAAAAUCUAUGACCACCACGGUUAGAAAAAUUUGUUUAGAAAAAGUUCCCAUUUUAGACAUUUCUUUUAUGUCCAAUUCUAAACUCUGUAGAUUUCCAAAAAAAAAAAAAACAAAUAUUUUAAUAUUUGUUGUCAACUAUAUUGCAAUUUUUCAAAACAAAACAAAUAAAACAGGAAAAUCAAAAAUGACCUUCUUAAAGUACCACUCCAGUCAGAUUUCCUUUCAAUAAAAGUGCUACACUUCAAAAUAGACCAAACCUGCUGGUUCACAGAUAAAAAAAAAUAAACAUCAAUGUAAAACCAAUACAUUCCUCGCUCCGCUCAGAAUCUAAAAUUACAACAAUGACAAUUAAAAAGGCAGUAUCUGCCAUUUGGAAGGUUACAAUAUUAAAAAAUUGUGUAUGAUACACAUAUGUCAUUUUAUUUUUUUAGAAAAUUAUAAUAAUAUAAUAAAAUAAGUAACUAAUAUGCAUAAAAUAAUAUAUAUAUAUAUACAUAUAUUAUUAGUAAGUUUAUAUAAUAAAGUCCUGCCUUAAUACUAAGAAAAAAAAAUGUUACUACUGUUGUACUACAUGUUACUACUAAUAAUACUUCUACAAUAAUGAAUUUGUAAUGAUAAUAUAUAAUAACGUGAUAACAUCAAUUCCGACAAAUCGAAGAUAUAUUUGAUCAAAGUUAAGAACAACUCGUUGAAAUCUGUAAGUACGGUUAAUCUAGGAUUACUAGAUAAAUACACAAUAUAUAUACAACCCCUAAUAAAUGUACUAAACAUUUAAAUAGUAACUACACAGCAUUUACUGAGUUUUCUUCUUAAAUGUAUUAUUUGUUGCUUAUUUGUCUAGUAUUCGUUGAUUUAUUAUUAGAUACUAUCGGUGACGCCAAGACAGGUUACCAAAUAGGUACUGUAAACACAUAUUGUGCUCCCGAAGCGUAUAAUAAGUGAUAAGUGUAAGAUCAUUACAGUUCAAAUUUGUUUUAACCUUUCAACAACAAAUACUGAUAUCGGUAUUAUAUCAAUUAUAUUAUAAAAAAGUUCAAAGAGAAUAAUUUAUUGUAGAACUUAGUGAGAACAUUUGUUUUACGCAUAAUAAAAAAUAGGUGUGUGAGUACUGGUAACACUUUUGUUAAUUUCAUGUUUCUCAAAAAUUUUCUGCGCACCACUGGAUACUAAAUUUUCAAAGCUCAUUUUAAAGGUCUAAAUGAUAUUUCACUGUCGUUUAACCUAGUUAAAAUUAUAUAAAAUGAUCCAAUAAACAAUAUUUUGCAAUAAUCUCAUUUUUGAUCAAUUUUCAAUUAUUGCCUUUUCAUUUUAUCAAAGCAUAGGUAUCUAAUUUUAUGUUCAAAAUAUACUAAAAAAAAAAAAGUGUUUUUACAAGUCCAGAACAAUAUUUAUUGUCUUUCCUCUGUUGACGGUAAACCGCAAAAAUUGCCCAGUUUGAAUCCAACUUUGUAUUAAUAUUUGUUUAACUUACGCCACGUUCCCGUCACUUCCGACUUGCGUUGUACGAGCUAGUUUAAAAUUUUUGAUUUUUCUGUUUUCAUUUUUUAGCGAAGAAAAUAUAAAACUGACAAAUAUUUGCUCCCGUUAUAUAGUUUAUAAAACUAUAUAGGUUUAUUGAGAAUCCAUUUCGUUGAGAAAACAAAAAAUGCCAUAAAACCAUCACCUGCGUAGUGAAAAUAAUAAUGAAACGCCUAGAAAUAAAAAAAGAAUUAAAAUAAAAAAAAAUCUUAGUUUACCGAGCUCUAAAGGUCAAUGAUUAUUUUAUACGUGAUGAAAAAUGGAUUAUUUUUUUUACGGACAUAUAACUGCAUACACGCAUUUCCGUCGCGUAUACUGAGUGUUCCGUUUUAGUAGGAUCCAAAUGAUUUUCUCAGACGUUUGCUGUGACGAGCGCCUAUAGAGACAGUCGAGAGCAAUAAUCUCUUAUCAGUUAUCACAUAUAGUACACGCCUACCCGGGUUCAAUAUUAUUAUAUUAAGCUGUUUUCAAAAUUUGAAUUCAUAAAUUACCUAAUAAACUCUUUGCACUUCACGAAAAGGUCGAAAAAUUGUCCACAAUCUUAUAGAUAAGAAAAACAUUAUUUUCAUUAAAUCAUGAAAUGAGCGAUUUUCCUAUGUGGAUGCAACAUUUAUAUAUAUAUAUAUAUAUAUAUGUCAGACAUAAUACAGUGCAAUAUAGUCUCUAUUUUAGGGCAAAAUUUAACAAAAAUAUAAUGUAAUAUAAUAUAAUACUAUAGAAUAAAUGAGCAGAGAACGUAGUUAUGGUAACUACAUUGUAGAGAUUUUGUAUUAUAAUAUAUAUAUUUGUUUUUUUCAACAACCUAUUUUAAGUAUAUCCCAUUUACUUUAUGGCACACUCGAGUUCAUCGUGUACACCCUUAAAAAUGUAAACAUCCACUGACAUAUAUUCACCGCGGAUAGUAUCCAUACGUAUUGUCACAUUGCUUUCCUUUUCUUUCUUUUUUUUUUUUAAUUUUGACGAAAACGACAUCGUGACAAAUCGAUUCGCGCAUACCGCGACUAUUCUGCAAUGAAUUUAUGGACGUAUUCAUUCACGUUUAAUAAGGAAUUUUCUAAUUUCAAACAUUUCGUUGCUGGCUUACCAUGUGUAUCUUUACCCGUAGUGUAUUAAAUGUAGAACCACUCUGUACGAUAAAGAACAACUCGCUGGUAAUAACCAACGUGUGCAGUAGCACAACGGUCUACGAUGCAGUGAAAAUUCUACUUUGUUUAUUCUUUCUUAGAACGCCCGCACGUGGAUUCAUUACCAGUUUCCGUUUUGUCGACCUGUAACAACAGAUCGAGACAAACCAUUAAAAUCGACUAUAUUAUAGAUAAAUAAUGUUAUUUUCAUUUUUUUAUUUCUACAAAAUUUUUAAAAUAAAAUUCAAUCCACGGAAUAUAUCGAAAUUGAUGAAAAAACGACCUCGAAUAAAAGUCAAAUUUUUCCAAACUCUUGAAAUUUGAAAUGUGAGCAUACAAAUGGUAGAAAGAAGGAUUUGAAAGUUUAAAACAACAAAAAGUGCAUCGUUAAUACUUACACCAUGUUCAUAGGUAUAUAUAUAUAUAUAUAUAUAUAUAUAAAAUUGCAUAUCCCUGGGUUUAUUUGAGGGUCUUUAGAGAUGUGCAUAACUAAAAUAACACCCUUUUAUCACAAAAACACGGUAAAAAUUACAUUGAAACGCAUCCUUCUUUUAUCACUUUAACCACCUAUAAAAUGAUUCUAAUUCCCGAGUUUGAGCUCAUUUGGUUCAGAAAUAUUCAAAAAAAUCUGGGGAAAAAUACAAUAAAGCAUUCAAUACUAUUGGGGAAUUUUCGGGAAAAAUUCAACAAUAAUGGGAAAAAUAAACGGGACUUACAAAAAGCCGAACAUGAAAAGUUUUUCGGAACAUUUUGAGUAGAUAUUAGCUAGGUACUUAUAAUGCAAAUCACAAAUAAAUCAAAAUAAGCAAAUCGAAAAUCGUGCGAACGCUGGGAACCGAUUUGAUAUAUUUUCCCCAAUAAUUGGUUUUAAAAAAAUAAGUUUGAAAAGGGUGGGAAACACUGCGUAAGAAUAUUCUCGCGCUGCAGGUCACUGCAAUUAUAAUAUAUAAUAUUAUUACAUUUGAUUAACGAUUUGUGUGUUACAGCAGCGUGCCUGAGCUACGGACAUUCGUGUUGGGGAGGUAAUUAUUAUCACGAAACAUGGUCAGUUUUUAAAAUAUACUUGAAAACAUCUUUUUUUUUUUUUCGUGCACAGCUCAUGGUAAACGAGACGCAGAUGCUACCAACGGCCCCCUAUUCCUGUACCGAUUGGCACUGUUGCAACAGAAAUCGGCGGCGGCUGCUGGCGCUGACAGCGACUCGUCCGUGGAUCGAAACCCGCAACAAGCAUCACAGGGAGAAGGAUUGUCGCCGCCGUUACCUCAGGACUAUUUUAACAUUUGGAAGGCGUACGCUGAGAGAAACGCAAUGAAAAAAAACAAGUAAGUACCUAUACUAUGGGCAAGUGUUGGGGAAAGGUCGUACAGUAUCUUUGGUAUAAGUAUCUUAGAUACAAUUGUAUCUUGUAUCACGAUAGAGUUGUGGAAUGUAUCGAGUAUUAAUUGCAUUGCGAUCAACGUAUCUGUACAAUUGAGAAACUAGAUACUCAUUAAGAAGUGUCUUACAUUGAGGCACUCGCAUUUAAGACCAAGCUAUAGAUAAUUCUGGAUUUUUGAAAAAUACAUUAAAAUUUUGUAUUUUGACUGCUGAGUGUAAGUUAAAAACAACGGCGCAUUGAAGUAUGCUGUUCUUAGAAAGUAUAUGCAUAUCUGUGAACAACGAUAAACGCUAACGAUAAAAAAAAAAUGUUUAGUUUGAUAACCAUAUACUUUCUGGAUGUAAGAAGGCUUUCUCGUACCCUUGGUUUUGUAUGUCAAAAUUUGACUGACUUCAAUAAUGCAUCCAUUAUAAAAUGCUAAAAUAUCUUAUUCUUAAACUCUGUUCAUUAUACAAACGUUUCAACAAGUUCUUUAAAUAUAAAACAGGGCACUAUUUUAAUGAUCUGUGUUUAGAAGAUCGCCGAAUAAAAACUAUACAUCUUUAAUAAAAAAUUUAGCCAGUUGUAAAAUUGACUAUCCAAAAUAAUUACCAAAGCUCAGUUUCCGUUUUAUUAAAGUCUAUUUAUGAUCUUAACCGAUUUUUAUAAUCUCAAUUCUAUCGGUCUAAUUAUGGUAACGCAGCGCUCUGAGUUAGGAUGACUUAUCAAUACUAUUAAUUAUGAUUUUUUCGUAAGAUAAUUUAAAUUUUAUAAUUUUUAAUAUCUUGUCUUGUAAUGAUACCAUGUAAUUUAUUAUUCAUAUUCAUUUUAAUUUACUUUAAAUAUCUUAUAAAAACCUACGGGCAUCUAUCAUUUAUAUUAUUAUCUGUAAUCUUGUUAUAAUAAUAAUAAUAAAUAAAUUCAUUUUUUUUGUUUUACCAUUAAGUACAACUUAUUAUAAACCUCGUAUAAAACCUCAACUAUACUGCAGACUUAAGACACUAAAUCGUUCAUGAUUUAUUCUCAGUUAUUGUUGAAAUACAAUUACAUAUUGUAUAAGUGCAAAUAAUACCGUGUCUAUUAUGUUUUUUCUCAUAGGUUUGUAAUUGACACGUUUGUAAUUUUUGUUGUUUUCGAAUCAAUUGUAUAGUAUAUAAGAUUUGUCUAUAUUCUAUGACAGUAAUCGUUGUGUACUUGUAAUAUUUUCAGUGACGAGCUCCCGAACGCUUGGAACAUCCGGUCGAGCGAAUACGCGCCAAACGGCGGUUACUACGACACCGAAUCGGUGGAUCCAAGAACGGCGUACAAACUAAUGGUAAAUUUAAAAAAUUAAAAUGUACAUGUGAAAAUGAUAGUAAACGAGUUUUCCUGGUUUUUUUUUUUUUACGUUCUCAGAAUUUAUAAGCGCAACACGAAGUUACAAACAACACAUGCAAUCUCCAUCACGAUGCGGUGGCGAUUAUUUAUAUGUCUACUCCAUCGUAAUAUUGUUAUAAUAUUAUAGUUAGUACCACUAAACCGGAAUAAACCGCAAAAUUUUUCAACAUACACAUACUUCAAAAAAACAACGUUUGUUUUAAAAUUAUUUAAAUAAUAAUAUACAAUAUUACAAUGUUAUAGGUAUCAAAGUUGAACGUUUUAACAAAACAAAUAUUAUUAUACUACCUAUAUCAAAUUAUUACACUCACCGACAACGGUAUUUCUAAUACUAUAAUAUUAUAAUAUACAUAUUCAAUAAUAGUAAAAAAUUUAAUUUUCGCAUUAAAUUUUAGAAACGUGUGCCAUUAUGUAAC